ACCGUUGUCAUUGGCAGCAACAAUAGGUAGAUAUUCAGUUUAAAUUCAGACUAUUGGCUCCUUUUCACUGCAUUAGACCACAUUUUAACCUCAUUACUGAAUUUGAUGCUACCUUUUCAGCCCUUUUCUUUCCAAAACCAAUGCCGUUUGCAUUCUAAUCAUCAGUUGAAUUUGAACUAAAAAGAGGAAACUCAAAUUCUGCUGCUUCAAAAAUCGUUAAUAAUUGAACUUCAAAACUAAAUGCGUUUCAAAUAAUUGACCUCUACCUACCUUCCUAUUUAUCUUUGAUUAUUUGUUCAAAAUCUACUCUUUUUUGCCUAAAAUUGAUUACGCAGAAUAAUUAUCAUAAUUUGAACACUUCAAGUUGUGGAUAAAAAUCAAUUUUUGCGGAAAUUUCCAACCUUACUUAUUUUUUGACAUCUUGAUUGACCUGAUCAACUAAUUUUCAUUCAGCGAAAUUUUGUCCUGGAAGCAAAUGAGUUCAUAUUAAAUGACUGUUAAAUAUGACCAAAAUUGUUUCGAUUGAGAACUCGACAUUUCUCUGAAAUUUCAUAUUACCGUUUGUUAUUUCCGGGUUAAUUCUCCGCUCCAGCGUGAUUCCGAUCAAGCAUAGCCAGUUUGGAACACGUUUUAUAUGUGAACUUAGAGUAGCUCCAGUUUUCUUACCAAGGUUUAAUUCUUACCGUUGCGGGCCCAAAAGGAAAGCUGCCUUUAGUGGCCCAUACUCGUGCUAUGAAACGAACCAAUGAGCUCUUCUGAAUAACAAGACCAGCAAAUUAUCCUGUCACUAAACUUGUUCAUACAUAAGCGGACAUUUGAGCCAGGAGUUUUGAAAGCAACCAAACCUUUCUUAUAGUUAAUGCUUACCACAAUAGCAGUUUUACUUUUCAGCUCAAAUCAUGGUAUUAUUACUUGAAUGUAUUUUGGGCCAACAUGCUUUUUAAACUAGUUACAAAACCACUUAUCGGUAAUACGACAAGUAGAAAAAGUUAAACUGUACAAGACAGCUUGCUUUUUAUUGAUCAAAAACCGUGAAUAUGUUUUUUGACGUCAUUUUGUUGAUUCAUGCAAAAAAUUUAUAAUUAGUUUGAGUUUUAAAUACGCGUCACGAGUUUAAAUACAUGCAUCAAACGUUUAUUUUUUAUCGCGUUUCAUGAAAGUCACCAAUUUGGAAUUAUAGUGUCAAAUAAACACGCCAUUGGAAAAUUGCGCUUGUUCGAUUUUUUUCAUUCUCUUGUACCAUUUACCACGCUUUCAAAUACCGCUUAUAAACCAUUAUUGGUAUGGUAUAGCAAGUCCCUCUAGCACGUGCCGCAAAAAAAAUCCCUUCAAAAGUGGUGUUUUAUGGUUCCGUCUUUUAUUUCAUUCCUUGUUUGUCUUAUUAUUAAUUCUGAGCUCAUACACGUUUUGUUUUGGUGAAGAUUUUCCAAACGAACUAGUUUUUUUUCAAAACGUUAUUUUACUCCAGUUUUGCACUUGCGCUGUUGUAGGUCACAUGACCAUUCUUACAAACUGAAAAAGUGCUGUAUCUAAUUCUAAUUGAGAUACAAGCUCUUAUUGCUUAAAAUAUUUUUCUAAUAUUUACAUGAGUCCUGUUAAAUUUGUUCAACAGUUCAGUUUUAAUCUUCUUACAACAUAAUUUGUCGCUGUGUUGGUUUAUUUGUAAAUCUGAUAUUUGAAAAGUUGUCUUUGUUUUUAUCUGAAUCAAAAAUGGUCAGUGGUGCUGUAGAAAACAGGCGUUUUUACGAGGAAACGACUUUUUCUAAACCUCCCGGAUGUUUAAAAACAACAAAUUUUACGACCUCAAACCCUAAUACAUUACCUCAGUCACAAAUUCCAAACACGAAGUUUACGAAAUCCUCAAUCAAUAAUCUCAACAAUGUACAAAGUAGUCAACAUUUCCAUGAGACAGACAAUCCCGAGAACAGAGCCAGAUAUUUCACACCUCAGCCAGUUCGGAAAACGUACUCGGAACAACUUGAUCAAGUUAAGGCCGAGACGAUCCGAAACCACCUCGUUCUUCUUACAGACAACGAACAGCUUAAUGACGAGACAGUAACAAGUCAAACGCAACCUACGAAUUACGCCCUUGCGACAAAUCAGCGUCGAUUUUCAUUGGCCACGACAAAUUUUGAAGUGGAUUAUCGCAGAAGCCAUGAAGUGCAUAGCAACAGUUCGCCUGGAUUUUUUGGCGGGAUGUUAAAUUGUUUGAGACCAGUUUGGGCCAUGGUCGGCCGCAAAAGUCACACCUCUAUCCAGGCCAGAAAUAGAGCAAUUGGCAACAUUGAAAUGGAGUCCAUAUCUGGCAUGACCUUCGUGACCAGUGGUGCCCAGGGAGUAGUGUACAGUGGGUGGCUGCAGAACAGACAAGUGGCUGUGAAGAGACUCAGAACCCGCAUAGAGAUCGACAUCAUCAAGACCAACAUGCUCUCAGUCAGACACCCCAACAUCGUCGAAAUACUGGGCGUGUGCUGGCAUCCCUUCGCAAUAGUGAUGGAGUAUUGUGCGGUGGGUCCCCUGUACAGAUUACUGAGAAACCAGUCGGUGGAAGUGAGUCCCAUGCUGAUCAUAGAAUGGGCCAGACAGAUAGCCAGCGCCAUGCAGUACCUCCACCAGAGGAAGAUUGUACACAGGGACCUCAAGUCUCCCAACUGUCUGAUUGGAGAGCAGAAUCAGAUCAAACUGAUAGACUUCGGCAACAGCAAGCAACUGUCGGGCGACAACAGCCACGAACACAUGAGUUUCUCGGGAACAUUCGCCUGGAUGGCACCCGAAGUUAUUCGGAACGAGAAGUGCAACGAAAGAGUAGAUGUCUGGUCGUAUGGUGUAGUGUUGUGGGAGUUGGUUACAAGACAGGUGCCCUACUGUGGCGUGGACUCCAGUGCCAUCAUCUGGGGAGUGGGCAGCAACAGACUCUCCCUCCCCAUACCCAACACCACUCCACCCCCACUCAAGAUGCUGCUGAAUCAGUGCUGGCGCCAAAACUACAAGGAGCGUCCUUCUUUCGCCCAAAUCUUGCUGCACAUAGAUAUCUGGGCUGUGGAUUUCGUGCAGACCCCGUACCAGACGCUGGUGGACAAACAAGCCUCGUGGAGGGGGGAGUUGAAGGAGGCAUUUGAGAGAAUCAACAAAGAGGGUGGGGGUAUCCUGGAACUGCAGCGGAUGGACAAUGAGAUUGUAAACCAGCACAGAAAUGAACUUAAGCAGGCACAGGAUGUGAGGACUUGUUAUGAAGAGAAACUGACUCGUGCAAACACUCUCAUGACAGAACUUCAGACUGUGUUGGUUGAGCUAGAACACAGGGAGCAAAUACUCAAGAAGAAAGAGAAGGAAGUUGAGAGUAUAUUGAAGUUGAAGAAGACUACAAAAUCGUCCAUUGCUCAACUGGACAAGCUAAUGCAGCAACAGGCGCAGGCCACCAGGGAAAAAUCACCGGUUAAAGUUUCUCCCGAGGUCACAUCUCAGACAUUAAACGACAUUCACCGUCGGAGGUGUCAUACCGUAAACAACAAUCUUCGUGAAACCGACGAGAGCCCCAAAAACCGACUGUUUCCUAAAAUGACAGCCAGUACACUGUGGAAUUUAAAUUUGACCCCAACUAGAACGCGAGCUCGAAAGUCGUUGCGAAUCAAUAUGUUCAAACGUGAACAACAACGAGCGAGUAUGACAACAUCUUCAAAAUCCGAGAAACCUUCUAGACGAACCCGCAGUUUGGAUCCUUCGUCGCCAUUGGUGAAUAAUCACCAAUACCUAAACAACCAGCAAAAUCUAAACCAAUCACAAACGAGUAGCAUGCUGACGUCAUCAAUGAGUAGCGCGGCAUACCAUCAUCAGAAGUCAUCGUCGUUAGUUGGUUCAGCCAAACAACAAAUCACAAGGAAAGCGAGCAACACACUAUUGGUCAACCACUCUGACCAAUCACUGGCCAGUGAGUUAGACGAGGGUUGCUAUCACAACAGAACUUCGUGUUACAAACAGUCGUGCAGGUCAAGACAUUUGAGCAGUUGCAGCAAUAAAGACAUGGCACUCGCGAAUUGGUCACACACUGUCAGAAAUGCCUUUUUGUCCACUAGUCUAGACAGAUCGAAGUUUACAAACCUGAAGCAGAACUUAAACGAAAACCGUCUUCGCAGAAUAUCCCGAAGCCUGUCAAAUUUACAGCAAGAACUUGACGAGGAGAUAGCCGAAUGCUCGCGAAGAACAGAAUCGACUAAAAGCUCAGCUAACAGGCUCUUUGAUAAGUCUAUUUGUCAACCAAUGAGAAAAGAGGAUAAUUCGGACUACAAAAACAAUCUAUUCCGAGAAGCGAGGGGAAAUUCGGGUAAAUUGGACUCUGAAUUGAAGCCGGCUCGUCAGGACUGCUGUUGUGCAUGUAACUGUCACGAUGCAACUUCCUCCCAAUCGCACCGUCGGCGAACUACUUCUGCAAACUACCACGACAUCAGUCACAAUGCAGUAGUUUCACCUGUUUCAAGUCGAUCUGCAUCUACAUUCAACAAAAUAAAAGACUCGGAUCAGGCGUCGUUAACUGAGUCGGCUCCCUUUUCGUCCGAGGAAGACAUUUUGGACCCUGACUGCGCCAGCGACGACUUAGCAGAGAAGGAACUGGCAGUGAAACAAUUCCUGGAAAAGAUCACCUCAGAAUUGUCAUCCAACUCCGUGCUUACGCAGAAGUCCACUGAAUACUUGUACUAGUUAUAAGUUAUAAAAAAGGACUAAAACUUUCAGAGGUUGACUUAUAUCAAUUGCAAACCCUACAGUAGUUUUCAGGUAGAGAUACUGAAAUCUGUAUCAAACCCCAAAUAAAAAUCACCCUAUGAUAAAACAGAUGAUUUAAUAUUUGAAUUUUAACUUUAAUUUUUCUCCCUGAUUGUAAAUCAUACUUAAUUUUUCAUCAGAUGUGUCAUUUUAGUUUUGAUAAUAAAACAUUAGUUUUCAUAUGCACUCAA